AUGGCGGCGUUUCUGUCAAACGCGUUAAGACGCGCCAAUCACCUCGAGUUUCAGAUGUUGAAAUGCAUGCGAACUGAAUUCCGGCAACGGCUGGUAACGGGGCUGCGACCAUACUCUCAUGCCAGUGCGAGUUCAAGUCGUACGGACGACGAAAAGUCUGGAACUAGAUCGCACCUUCGGAAAGCUAAAACAUUGUUGGCCGUUACAGGCGGAACCGCGUCGCAAGGGAAGAGAACUUGGAUACACCAAGAGAGCACCGAUAUCCACCUUGGAUCAGCGGAGACCAUCGCCUACCGAUUGGGUCGAUCUCUCUGGCAUUUCCAAACCGUCUCUCAGCUUUCGGCAUAA